AAAAGCAGACUGAUCAAACAUGGCUCCAGUGCUUAGCUCCCAACUGGACCUGUCCGCUACAGAACCCGUGCCUCUGGUCCACUUGGACUGGUCCACUACAGAACCCCUUCCUCUGGUCCAGUUGGAUUUGCCCCCUACAGAACCCUUGCCUCUGGUCCAGUUGGAACGGUACCCUAGAGAACCCCUUCCUCUGGUCCAAUUGGAACGGUCCUCUACAGAACCCGUGCCUCUGUUCCAGUUGGACAUGUCCUCAACAGAACCCAUGCCUCUGGUCCAGUUGGAACGGUGCCCUACAGAACCCCUUCCUCUGGUCCAGUUGGAACGGUCCUCUACAGAACCCAUGCCUCUGGUCCAGUUGAGGAGGGUCUCAGUGGUGCUGGUGGACUGCUGUAGAACACAAGGACAGCAAGGGAAGGACAACGACAGCAAGACAGGAGUUGGACAUCAAUGUGACCCAACCACUCGUACAGCAGAGAAACUCAACAAGUGUGAAAGAUGUGGCAAGAGAUUCAAUCAAGAAGCAAGUCUCAACAAACAUACAGGAGAGAGACUGUUCCACUGCCCACAAUGUGACAAGAGUCUUCCUCAAAAGGAACAUCUCAAAAGACACCAGUGUGUUCAAACAGGAGGGAGGCUGAAUGAUUGCCCUCAUUGUGGCAAGACAUUUUCUCGAAAGGAACAGCUCAAAAUUCACCUGCGCGUACAUACUGGAGAGAAGACGUACCAUUGCUUUAAGUGUGACAAGAGAUUCACUACCUCGGAGAAUCUGAAGAUACACGAACGCGUUCACACAGGAGAGAAACCAUACCAGUGCGCUGACUGUGGCAAAAGUUUCAGUACUAAGGGUAAUCUCAAUACACAUCAACGCAUUCACACUGUAGAAAAGCCGUACGAGUGUGCUGACUGUGGCAAAGGUUUCAGUACUAAGGGUAAUCUCAAUACACAUCAACGCAUUCACUCAGUAGAAAAGCCAUACGAGUGUGCUGACUGUGGCAAAGGUUUCAGUACUAAGGGUAAUCUCAAUACACAUCAACGCAUUCACACAGUAGAAAAGCCGUAUGAGUGUGCUGACUGUGGCAAAAGCUUCACUGUUAAGCAUAAUCUCACAGCACAUCAGCACAUUCAUACAGGAGAGAGGCCGUACCCCUGCCCCCAAUGUGACAAGAGAUUCAGUGAUUUGUGGAGUCUCAAAAGACACCAGCGUAUACAUACGGGAGAGAAACCGUACCACUGCACCCAAUGUGGUAAGCAAUUCUGUGAUUUGGGGACUCUCAAUACACAUCAACGCAUUCACACAGGAGAGAAACCACACCAGUGUGCUGACUGUGGCAAAAGUUUCAGUACUAAGGGUAAUCUCAAUACACAUCAACGCAUUCACACAGUAGAAAAGCCGUACGAGUGCGCUGACUGUGGCAAAGGUUUCAGUACUAAGGGUAAUCUCAAUACACAUCAACGCAUUCACACAGUAGAAAAGCCGUACGAGUGUGCUGACUGUGGCAAAAGUUUCACUGUUAAGCAUAAUCUCACAGCACAUCAACGCAUUCACACAGGAGAGAGGCCGUACCCCUGCUCAAAGUGUGACAACGGAUUCUCUACCUCAGAGAAACUAAAGAGACACCAACACAUUCACACAGGAGAGAAGCCAUACUCCUGCUCCCAGUGUGACAAGAGAUUCAGUGAUUUGGGGAGUCUCAAAAGACACCAGUGUACACAUACAGGAGAGAAGCCAUACCACUGCCCCCAAUGUGGCAAGAGUUUCACUCAAAUGAUGGGUCUCAAAUCACACCAGCGUAUACAUACAGGAGAGAAGCCGUAUUCCUGCACCCAGUGUGAUAAGAGUUUUACUAGAAAGGAUCAUCUUACAACCCACCAGCUAUUGCACUCAGGAGAAAAGCCGUACCACUGCUCCCAAUGUGACAAGGCAUUUAUUGCGAUGUGUCAUCUCAAGAGACACCAAAACAAUCACACAGGAGAGAAGCCAUACAGCUGCUCUCAGUGUGAUAAGAGUUUUACUAGAAAGGAUCAUCUUACAAGGCACCAGCUAUUGCACUGAGGAGAAAAGCCGUACCACUGCACUCAGUGUGACAAGCGUUUCACACAGCUGGGACACCUGAAACUUCACCAGCGUACUCACGCAGAAGAGAGGCUGUAACACAGUAUUUCGUGUUGUCAAAGCCUCACACAGCAAAAUCAUCUGAACUAACUCUCACAGGAUUCUAUGUAUAUUUAGUAUAAGGAUUUAUGUACUUCAGGUGUGUGGCAUACAUAAAAAAACACAAUGAGAUCACAUGAAAGCAGGGGAGUGCUGAACGGUUAAAUGUGCAUCUUAUCUAUGAUUUGCUGGAACAGUUUGUUAAGUUUUUAUGGUCCAGGCUUGACUAGGUUGUUUUUGUUGCCGUUUUUGGAGCCUGGGCUGUCCACAAAGACCACAUUCAGGGCACAGGCAGCUAGCGGAUGGUGAGGUGAUGUUUGCUGUAUGGAACAAAAAAUGUUUUAGAUUAGAAACCACGUAGCAUCGCUUAGAGUGCCUUUAAUAAAACAGUUUAGAAAUAAUUGUGAUGGUUAAAGGACAAUUUCUGAAACCAUAAUGUACAUCUCUUACUAAUGUGUCAUUGUAUUGCUUGCUUUUUG